AUCGACCUUUGCCCCUUUAAUCAGCUGAUGAGGAGAAGGUGGUGUGCUCUCGUGAAUAACAUGACGAGCGUCACCCAAUCAGCGGAACGCGAAGAUCGUGUGAUCACUUUGCUGCCUAGUACACAGCUACAGUUACUGUGAGGAAUCAUCUUUCGUUGAGGCAAGGAAAAGAACAACUUUGCACAAGUUUAACAGCUAAACAUCAUUUCCAAGGAUCACAUUAAGUCAGGGAAGAAAAGAUACCUUCAUUUCGUCACCUUGUUCAAGAGAAACUGAGGCAACAAGGUGAAAAUGUCACUGUCGGUGACUGAGUUGUUGUACGGCUCUUUCCUCGAUCUGCAGCUCCUCAAUCCUGCCUCUCUCAUGCUGGCAACAGCAACGGCCGUUACCUCCCUCAUAUACUUUAUGUGCCCGCGUUUGUUGGUGCAGAUGUAUUUCAGGGUGGCUGUAAUGUGGAGUGGAAUGCGCCUGAAAAGAGUAAUAGACAACAAAGGCUUCACUUUUUUCUAUGGUGAGAGAGGGCACCCCAAGCCAGGUCAAACCAGCAUGCUUCUGCUUCAUGGUUUUUCAGCUGAUCACUUUAUGUGGGCAUCUAUCGUACAGUAUUUGCCAUCUGAAAUCCAUGUCAUUGCCCUCGACUUACCUGGGCAUGGCUUCACUUCUGAUCCACUUGAAGGGGACGACAUUGGCUUCAAGGGACAGCUUCAGCGGAUAAAGCAGUUUCUAGAUCUUGUUGGAAUAGACAAGUGCCAUGUUACUGGUGUGUCAAUGGGGAACCCUAGCCGCCUAUUUGCUGCUAGUUUCCAAGAUCGUGUCUCUGCUGUGACCAUGUGCUGUCCUAGCAUGAAAACACCGGAAGAUGGACAACUGAUUGCUUUGUAUCGAGCUGCUACGGCCAGGGGAAUAAGUUUGACCCUGGAUACUUGUCCCCUCUUGCCACAGACUGCAGCUGAUCUUCAAGCGAUGCUGCGAGUUGUAUGCUACUAUCAUUCUUUUGUCCCAUCCCAGAUUCUGAAAGGAGCUGUAGAACUAAGGAAAGAGCGAAACAACUUCUACCUGCAGUUGCUUCAUAAACUUCUUUUAGAGGAGAGUCGUUCAGCUCUGGAGAACCAGCUCGACAAAAUUAUCUGUCCUUCUCAGGUUGUAGUACAUGUGUCUGGUGCUGAGGUUGCUGCAGAAGAAAGUCCCAACUACAUCAUGCCAGUCUUAUACCAUGCUGUGGACAUGCUAUCAACAAUGAUCAGCCUAGGCACUUUGCUAAAGUCGUAUCAACAAUUCUGGAUGGAAGCUGCAAAAUAA